AUGGACGACCUCACCAAAGUCCCCGAAGUAACCUGCGAACACCCCGACUUCCGCUACAUCUUCGCCGUCCAAGGCGCCCCCAAGCUCUGCUUCGGCUCCACCGCCCCGCGCAACACCAACCUCACCGGCGCCGGCCUGCUCAGCCACCAGCGCAUGACCGCCCUCGAAGACCACGGCCCCGAUCUCUCGCCCAACAAGUACGACCUGGAGCGCUUCACCUCCUCCAUGUGGCCCAUCCUCAACAAGAUCCGCAGCGUCUACGGCAUCCCCGGCCUCGACGAUCGCGUGGAGCGCUGGCCCGACGACGAGAAGGCCUUCAGGACCCCCUCGCCCGUCCAAUACGCCCCGUCCUUCUUCCGUAAAGACCACCGGCAGGACGCCAGACCCUUCAAAACCGGCUCACCAGCCAGGCUCUUAAAGAUCAACCCUUAUCCAGGUCCUGGUUUCUACGAUCUGCUGGGCACCAGGAGGUGCAGACGGGUGCCCAAGCAGUUCGACUUCGGCCGGCCGCGCGUCCUGCCCUGCAUGGAGAUGGUGUGCGUCGCGACGCCGCAGCACGUCUGCCAGUUCUGCAGGAAACUCUGCGAGGGGGACUACUGGCACAGGAACAAGGAGGUGUUUUUGUGCCAGGUGUGCUGGUACAUCGAGAGGUCGACCAACGAGUACCUGUCGUUGGUCGAUUUGAAGCGGUACACGAAGAUGAGGAAUUGCUCGUUCAUGCACCGGCACGAGAACACCGAGGCGGCGGUGCGCGUGAUGACGUCGAACGAGAUCCGGAAGAAGUUCAAAAUCGAGAAUUAUCUCAGCUUGUAUAUCAGUUGUUACGAUUGA